AGGAGCGCACUUGUAGCUCAUUUUCUAGGCCAUGGCGUCACGCCCACGCGCUUCCUCCCAGCCCGGGAAGCUUUCCUUCCUCCAGACGUCCAAGGCCAACACCGCCCUGCGACCGAGGGCCGUGUCCUCGCGCUCGGGCUCCGUGCUGGAAGAGGAGCUGUCGUGCCCCGUAUGCUGCGAGAUCUUCAAGGAGCCCGUGGUGCUGAAGUGCAGCCACAGCUUCUGCCGGGCCUGCCUGCAGCAGUUCUGGAACAAAAAGAAGGCCCGCCGCGAGUGCCCCAUCUGCCGCAGGAAGUGCUCCCUGACCGAGCCCACCGUCAGCCUGGCCCUCAAGAACGUGGCCGACACCUUCCUGAGGGAACAGCGGCGCCGGGCGGACGGCGCGGGGGCUCCCGGGGCCGGGGGGGAUCGGGCCGAGGCGCAAGAGGAGGAGGUGAGGUGCGCCGCCCACGGGGAAGUCCUCAAGCUCUUCUGCCUGGAUGACUUGGAGGCACUCUGCUGCGUGUGCCACACCUCCAAGAAGCACCAGGGACACUGUGUGUGUCCUCUGGAAGAAGGGGCGCACGAUCUCAAGGAGGAGCUGAAGAAGGAGCUGAUUCCCCUGAAGAAGAACCUGCGGCGCCUGUAUGAGGCCAAGCAGGAGUGUGAUGACACAACUGUGCACAUCAAGAACCAGACUCAGGCCACGGAGCAGCAGCUCAAAGAGGAGUUUGAGCAGCUGCGUGCCUUCCUGCAAAAGGAGGAAGCGGUGCGGUUGGCCGCCGUGCAGCAGGAGGCGGAGGAGAAGCACGAGCUGGUGAGGAAGAAGGCCGAGAGCAUCACCAGGGACAUCCUGACUUUCUCGCACGCGGUCAUCGCCGUCGAGAACGAGAUCGCCGCCAGGGAUGCGCUCUUUCUGCAGAAUUAUCCCAACACAAAGAAAAGGGCAGAGAUCCCGCAGAAGGAUCCGGAAAAAGUGUCCAGAGCGCUUUUAAAUGUGGCCAAGCACGUCAGCUCCCUCAAGUACCACGUUUGGGAAAAGAUGGUGGAUGUGGUUCAGUACACACCCAUCACCUUGGACCCCAACACUGCGUACUCCUGGUUGUCCAUCUCCAAGGACCUCACCUGCGUGGCCAACAGUGGCUCCCUCCAGCAGCUCCCGGACAACCCGGAGCGUUUCGGCCACUUCGUCUUCGCCCUGGGCUCCGAAGGCUUCACGUCGGGCCGCCACGCUUGGGAGGUGGAGGUGGGCGACAAGGAGGACUGGAUGCUCGGGGUGGUCAGGGAGUCCAUCGACAGGAAAGGCCGCAUCUCCGGCUGCCCCGAGGGCGGCUUUUGGAUGAUCUCGCACUACGACGGCGAGUACUCGGCCAUGACGAGGCCUAGCACCGCCUUGCGUGUGGAGGGCGAGCUCAGCAGAGUCAGGGUGCAGCUGGACUACGACGCUGGCCAGGUAAUCUUCUCCAAUCCGUUAAGCAUGACGCCCAUCUACACCUUCACCGACUUCUUUGUUGACAAGAUGUAUCCCUUCUUCUGCCCCGGAGCCAACAUCAACGGGAAUAACCCCAGUCCCCUCAAGAUCUGCCCUGCUACGGUGGCAGUGUGGAACAGCGCCACGUGGUGAUGGAACUAAGAAAAUCACAAUUUUUUACACAAAGUACCACCUCAAAACAUACUUAGCUCUCCAAGGACCACCAUAAUGAUCAUCACUAAACUACAUUAGCGUAGUAGGCCCAAGUGUUAAUCUUAUCAAAAAUAAGGCAAAAGUUUUAUUUCUAAAAAUUAAUAAUGUAAGAUACUGUAACAUUAUGCAUGACAUUAACACUUUGCUUAAAUAUGGGAAUAUAAAAAACUGCAUCAUGAAUUAUAAUGGAUUGUAUGUUAAAGUAAAAAAAAAAAAGAAUUUACCUCAAUGAAUAUUUGUAAAACGAAAACCUGUUGUAAAUGGUUAAAUGAAAAUGUAUUUAAAAUUAAAUACAACUGAAUGUUCCUAAUAAGUGUACUGUAGUGGAUUUAAAAAAAAGCCACUAAUAACUACAAUUUAAUUCAGUAAUUCUUUCACAUACCACCAGGGGGAGCCCACAUACAACUACUGGUGUGUAAACCACACUUGGAGAAUCACUGAUUUAAACAGUUCACAACACAAGUCAAGCAAGCAGAAGACCUUUUCAUUAGAUUAUUUAGUUUUUUUUAAUGCACUUGGGUUCAUUUUGGUGUGACGCUACCAAGGAAGAUAAUCCAGAAAGACGCCGUUGUGCAUUUCCACCAUGGUGGCCAUCACUUUGAGCAUCCCCUGUACGCUCACCUUGACGUCAAUCUCCGCCUGCAUGUUAAAUGAAGAGAAAAAAACUAUUGAAGGAUUGAACACUAUGCGAUUGUGGUUGAAAGCGCCUUCAAGCUGCUGUUUCAUGUGAGAGGAGACUUUCAAAUAUAAAACAGACAACAAAAAUAAAGUUGUGUAUUUGGGAGAAAAUAAGGUUUAUAUUUCAACUUGAUUAAAUCUUUAUAGAAAAAAGUACAAUAUUAUCCCAAAAAUAUUUUAGGGAAUAGAAUUGUACAUGUUUCUCAAAAUUACUUUUUAGAGAACAGGUUGUGCAUAUAUACACCCACGUAUAUUUUCUUGAAACAAGUUUGCUUUUGUUUCAUUACCAAAAAAAUUACAAUAUUAGAGUCUUUGAGAAAAGUUUCAUAUUUUUUACAAAAUGUAAAUUGUAUAAUAUGGAAUAGUUUAUUAUGUUACAAAAAAUAAUUCCGUAUGUUUUCAAGAAAAAGUGGAAUCUAAUGGCUUGGCUCUUUUGUUAGAUUGAUGACUGUGAUUUAGUUUGCAUUGUAUUUGAAUGAACUGCUAACAAUGUGAUGUAAAGGGUUGGGCGGUGUGUGUACAUGUGGCAAAAUGGCUUUAAUUCA